AUUGUGACUUGUGAGUCCUGUAUCCCAAGCUAUUAGGUAGGCAUUGGAGUGAGUGAUGGGAAACUGCAACUCCUCAGAUUCAACGCAGGUGGCCACCGCCAAGCUUGUUCUGCAAGACGGCAGGCUGCAGGAGUUUUCCUACCCGGUCAAAGUUUCAUUCCUCUUGCAGAAAUACCCCGCCUGCUUCAUAUGCAACUCCGACGAAAUGGACUUCCACGACGUCGUUUCCGCAGUCCACGAGGACCACGUCUUGCAACCGGGCCACCUCUAUUUCGCGCUUCCCUUGAGCCGCCUCACCCACCCUUUGCAGCCUCACGAGAUGGCCGCAUUGGCCGUCAAGGCAAGCUCCGCGCUCAUGAAAACCGCCCACAAAUGCGGUUCUCGCCGCAAACAGAUUCUCCUCUCUACCGAGUACCACCCCACCUCCAAGCGCCUCUCGCCGGCGCUCUCUCUCGCCCACGCCACUCUGCAUAGGAGAGGGAGGACCUCCGCCGCCAAGGGGAGGUUCGCCGCGCUGUUGAGUUCGAUUCCCGAGUAGGGGUAGUUUCGGGACCAAAUAUACACGCCCGCUCAUUUUGUUCUCUUGUAUAUACACAGCUUGGAAGCAAUUAGAUUCUUGGAGAGUUGGACUAAGUCGCAAUGGAUAUUCAUAUUCCCUUUC